UACGUCAAAUCUAAAAAUAAAAUAAAAAGCCAAAAAGGGAAAAAAAGGAAAAAAAAAUUUGAAUCAUUGUUACAAAAAUAAAAGGAAACAAUUUUUCUCCUUUAAAAUAACAAUGAAUUCAGAAAUUGUUCCUAAUUUGUUAGGAAAUUCAAGCAUUACUACUCAAGGAUCUGAUCAUCAGGCAGCACCUACCUUGUCCUGGGUUAAUGUGGCUAUUGCUUCUUCUUUUAUAUUAAUUAAUGGUGGUAUUUCUGUUGUAUUGGGCUUAAAACUAGAAAAGACGUUGAUAAUUGCAGCUUUACGCUGUCUAAUUCAAUUAACUAUUAUGGGUUUUAUCUUGGAAGAUGUUUUUAAAACAAGAAAUUCAGCACUUGUAAUGCUCAUGACAUUUGUCUUGAUCCUUCUUGGUGCCUAUGAAACAGUUUAUAACAAAUCAAAGCAAUCCUAUAAAGGCAUGUUUAUAUCUGUUUUUAUAUCAUCUGGCAUUGCUACUUUAGUAAUCGGCAUAAUUGGUACACGUUUUGCUAUGAAACAAAUACCUUUUUGGAUUCCAGAAAUAUUUAUACCAACGAUGGGCAUGUUAUUAGGCAAUGUAAUGAGUGGUAUGGCUGUAGCCUUGAGUAGUUGCCUUUCCAGUGUUGGUAGUCGCAAGGAAGAAAUUGAGACUUAUUUAGCAUUCGGUGCUAGUCGAUGGGAAGCAGGUCAAUCAAUUGCUAUAGAAGCAGUUAGAUUAUCUAUGUUACCUACUAUUAAUCAAAUGUCCGUAAUUGGUUUGAUUGCUAUCCCUGGUAUGAUGACAGGUCAAAUUUUAGGUGGUGCGCCUGUGAGCAAUGCAGUAAAAUACCAACAAAUCAUUAUGUUUUUGAUUUCGGCUAGUACGUCAUUGGGUGUUUUAAGCGCAGUUGUGGUAGAGUAUCAUAAAACUGUAAAAUAUAGGAUUUUUAAAUUAACUUUGAUAUAUUUUCUGUAGACUUGUAUUCGAGUUUUAAUUG